AUGGAUCCCAAACUUUUACCUUAUAUUGUUAUUGAAAAAAAUAAAAUGAGUGACUUCACUGUUUUUAAAUUGGCGUGUCAAUAUGGUGUACUACAAAAUUCAUUCUCAGUUGAUCAUUUUGUUGAAUUAAAAUCUUCUUGUCCACAAGUUUUAAAUGAACUGAAAAUUGGUGAAUUGAAUGAUAUAAGUUUCAUUGAAGCAUGUAAAUUGUUUGCUAGAGGAUCAGUUAGUAGUACAAUGUGUGAUUGUAAAAAACAAGUAAAAACUUUACGAAAACUAAAUUGUGGAAAUGUACAUAUCGAACGUUAUGAAUAUACAACAAUCAAGUGCGCGAAAGGCGGUAUUGUAGCUGAAAGUUAG